AUGCUCGCAGCUGUGCUAUUAGUGAACGAGGCAGGAUCGUAUAUGGCAAGGCCCUUGGUGGAGCUGAGCAAAGAGAAAGUAACGGAGGCUGUGGAGAUAUUCCUGAGGGAGCGGACAAAAGAGGCAGAGAGGCCUGUGAUAGCAAGCAAGAUAGGAAGCUUCUUCUAUCAGGAGAUAGACGAUUUGUACGUGGUCGUGCUCGCAGAUGGGGAGGAUGAGAAGAUAUCUGAAGCCCUGAAGAUUGCGGAGGUAGUCAGUAAGUCCGUUAUAAGCGGGGUAAGCCUGGAGAGCAAGACCGAGCUGUUUACGCUCCUCUCGAUCCUGGACGAGCUCUUCGUGGAGGAGGGCGUGAUAAACAGAACGGUCGAAGACCUAAUGAAAGUAGUGAGCCUCCAGAGCAACGACGAAGUCCUGCACCAGAUGAUCCAGAAGAACAGGGAGAAGGAAAAGGCGAAGGCAGAUAAAGUCCGGAAAAUGCAUCCUGCAAUAGAAGAGCUUACAAAAGAAAUUGAGGAAAUAAAAAUCCUCCGGCAGGACUUGAAGACUCCGCGCACGGAGAGCGAGGCAAAGGCGAAGGUGCGGCAGGAGGUGAAGAAGAGCCGGACAAUUAUCGAGUCCCUCGAGAAUUGCGUAAACCUCGUGUGCCACCAGAAGCAGACAGCUACCGUGAAUUCCGCUACAGAGGCAGCGAAGAUAGAGGGAAUGGGCGAGUUCUUGAUCCGGGUGACAGACGAAGAGUGCGGGUCCGUGCGGAUAGACCUGAAAAAGAGGCCAGUACAGGCACGAGGCCACCCCUCCAUCGACAAGAAGGCGUUCAGCAAGAAUGUAAUACAGCCAAAGACAGACCUUCCCCUGAAUACGCCGCUGAUCCUGAUGAAGUGGACGCUUGAGGAUCCAGUUCUCCCAGUUGAAGUCUCCUUCUGGCAGACGGAAGUUUCCGAGGAGAGGUACAAGUUUUUCGUGGAGGUGACAGCUCUUGGCACAGACGUGAAAUACGUGAAUGUAAGAAUACCAAUAAAGAGGGUUUCUGAUAUAGAGAUAGAGAGAGGGCGGAUAUCAGGAGACCACAUAGUAGCAGAUAUGAAGGACUUGAAGAAGGACGACUCGCAGGCCGUUGAAUUCUCCGGCCUCUGCGACGACACAGACUCGCUCUUCCCCUUCGUGGUGUACUACACAGUCGAAGAAAAAGAGAGUCUCUCCCCAAUAGAAAUAUCUGGGGUGUACGCGAGUGAGGAGCUCCUGGAGUCCUCUAUGGUUUCCCUCGCUAGAGUCAUCGAGGGCGAGUGCACAGUCACAAAUAACUGA